AUGUCCUCGUUCAAUACAACAACACCCAAGACGAAUUACCCGGGUGCUGUCACACCAAACUCAAAACAACAUGACCUUGUACGCCUCUCUUACAGCGCUCAAACUCUUUCAUCUCCUCAUACCAUUAAUCUAAGCCAUAGUUUCAAUGACAUUUACAACAACAAAUUGGCAUCUCAACAAAUACCAGCGGAACACAAUGAAUCGGAACCAUUACAACAACAUCCUUCUUUUAUUAGAACCCCAAAAAUCAUCAAUAAUUCCAACGUUGGUUCUAACCAUGAGAUCAAUCUCAACAACAAUUAUUUAUUUAAUAUUCCUCAAUACCCAUUCAACAACCAUUGCAGCCCUAACACACAAUUCCUCACGAGUCGGGGAUUUCUUCAUGAUGAAGAUGAGGACGAGCUUCCGAAAAAUUAUUCUUGGACGAAGAAUUGUGUAUCUCCUUCAGACUCGAGGUCAAGAGCCUCAAAAGAAAAUAUUUCAAAACCGUUGGAAUUCUCGAGUCGUGAAGCGAUCGUUGAACCGUAUCAAGGCUUAACAAGCAGCAGUUUAUCAGCGCCACAACAGCCUCCUCCCCCCUAUUCAGAGUUACCCGAUUACUCCUUCCAUUACACAUACAUUCAACCCAACUCAAUUACCAAGUCUUCAGAAAUGCAAAUCAAUUGUAGGGCAUUGAGACAAAGCAACUUGGAUCAAGGUUCUUCCAGAUUACUGAGCAACAAUUCUCCACGCAAUGAAGGAAUUACUUUCGAAUACGUUCCAUUGAACGGAGUUGAUGUUGAACAGGAUCACUCAUUCUCAACGCCCAAACAACAAAUUGCCUUUCAUGAAGAAUUUGUUCAAAAUUCUCAAGACAACCAAAUACCAAAAUUGGCCAAGGAAAAGAAUUUAGAUCCUCCUCCUCCUUACGAAGAGAUCCAUCAGCCCUUUACUCAAGCUUCCAUUCAUGUGUUCGAUCCAAUAACAAAAUCAAGAAACGUGUCCUCUCCAAACACUCCUUCUUCGAAACUUGAACACAGCCAAACUCCUUCAAUCAUGAAUUCUAUACAAUCAACGACAGAUUUCGAAAAGACGGAUCAACCUCGAAUGCCUGUAAUCGUAGACCCGGUCCAGGCCAACGUACAAUCUCCUGGAGAGUUACAACAGCAUAAUGACUUCAAAGCUAUUGAUAUUUCGAAUCCUCUGAAAAGCGAACCUCAAAUAGCCUCUUUCGUUGAGAAUGUCGCUGAACUAUCGGUGGAGCAACAAAUUGAAUAUCACACACAAAAACUAAGAGAGCUACAACAAGUGGCUAAGAAAACGACAUUAACAGAAAGGAACAGAAUACUUCAUUUGACCCAUUAUUUACUCUCUCUUUUUGAAAUAUUAAUCACCAUUACAAUUAUUAAUUUUGCAGUUGCUUCAUUUUGGAGAGGAACAUGGGUUUUAAUAGAAACCUACGUAGUUUUCAACGAAACAUCUCCCAUAAGUAGUACUCAAAUAUCGUGGUUCUAUCUAGCAUGUGGAAUAGCAAUCUCGUUUUUUGUUCACAUCAGUGGAUUGAUUACCAAACAAUCAAACCUCACACAUAAAUUGGAAGAGGUAUGGCUUAGAUGUAUUGGAAAAAAUCAAGACUCCAAGAAAUCCUCAACAUGCUCCAAAUUUAUGAACCUUUUGCUUUUGGGCUUGCUGUGGAUUAUGGAAAAAGUCUUUGUUUAUGUUGCAGGGCUUGGAUGUGUGUUCUCUUGGGUUGGAGUUUUCAAUAUUUGGGACAAGUAUGUUUCUCCGUUUGUAGACAUCUCUUCACGAGCUCCAUCAGGUUGGAUCGCUCAUGGCACCGGCUUAGGAAUGCUGUUGUUGCUAACAAGCCUAAGAUCCAUUUUAACAGCUCCAGUGUUAUCUCAGAUGGAUCGAAACAUGUCAUUUGUUGGGUUUCUUUCAUCACGAUGGGAUUUAAUAACUGCUAAUCUCUUUCCUGAUAAAUCUCAUAAGAAAAGGGUGGCUGUGUAA